AUGUUGGCAAUUCGUGGUUAUUUCCAUUCUAAAGGGGAGAGCCAAAGAAAUAUUUGUUUAAUUCCUGUAUCUGCCCAUGGGACUAACCCAGCUACUGCACAUAUGGCUAAUUUUAAAGUUGUUCCAGUUGAAUCAGAUAAACAUGGAAAUAUUAAUUUUAGAGAUCUCUCUGAUAAAUGUGAACGUUUUUCUAAUGAAUUAGCAUGUGCAAUGAUUACAUAUCCUGUAAGAUUAUUUUUUUUCAAAAUUAAUCUAAGCACUUUAAAUUAUUUUUAUUUUAUCUUAUGA